UUGGGAAAAAGGCGAAAGUGACAACAAACAUGACAGGUGAAACACACCAAUUGGACAAUUGUCAGGUUGUUGACACUAUCGACAAUUGAAUUUUUUCAAUUGUAAGGGAGGAGUGCAUUGUUUAUUUUGAGCUAUUGGUGCUCAGUCGAUAAUACAGAGGGAGAUGAUGCGUGUAGUUUUUUCGGUGCUGAGGAUUCAUCAGUUGCACUGAGAAAGAGAAGCGACGACAUGUCACUGCUGAGGGACUGGAGAGGAGCCCUCCAAACUCCACAUGUCUAUCGGGUUGGGAGUAACUCAGUGAGACUGCAGAAUCAAUGUUUAAUUGCAUUAGUUAUAUUAUUCGUACCGGUGAUGUUCUACGCCUAUCCUAGAAUACUCAACAAUGUGUGUCACCAGAGCCAGUGCGAAGAGUGCUCCGAUUACUCUGUUUACAAUUCCACGUAUCCACUGUCAGCGGCAAUUAAAUCACCAGCUGGAGUGACAUUUAAAAUUUCCGUAAUUAGUGAUUUGGAUACUGACUCGAAGGUGCCUGACAAAGGGCUCUGGGUUAGUCAUCUCAAGAGGGGAACGCUGACGUGGAAUGCCAAGGAACGAAGGGUCUCCUUGCAUUUCGAUGAGAAUCCAAUCAUUCUUUCGUCGAAUAUUGCUAUGAAGGGGAGGGCUAUGGAGCUGUCGGAGUUGGUGACUUUUGAUGGGAGAAUUUUGAGCUUUGAUGACAGGACUGGUCUUGUUUUUUACUUUGAGGGGGACAAGAUUUAUCCCUGGAUUAUCCUCAUGGAUGGGGAUGGAAAGAAUACGAAAGGUUUCAAAUCUGAAUGGGCCACUGUCAAGGAUAAUUUGCUUUAUGUUGGGAGCAUGGGGAAAGAGUGGACGACAAGCUCUGGAGAAUUCACUAAUAAUAAUCCAAUGUGGGUGAAGGUGAUCUCACCCAAGGGCGACGUGCGUUCGGUCAAUUGGGUUGAUAAUUAUAAGAAACUGAGGCGGGCUAUUCAUAUUGAAUUCCCUGGGUACAUGCUCCAUGAGUCUGGAAUGUGGAGUGAGAGGAGGAACAGCUGGUUUUUCCUCCCCAGGAGGUGCUCUGAGGAGAGGUAUAAUGAGACCAAGGAUGAAGUCAUGAGUUGCAGUUAUUUGCUGACUGCUAAUGAAGAUUUUUCCAGUAUUAAGACAACGAAAAUUGAGGGAAGAAUACCAGUCCGUGGCUUCUCAAGUUUCAAAUUUCUCCCUGGCACAGACGAUACCGUCAUAAUUGCUCUAAAAUCCGAAGAGUUUCAAGGUCGAACAGCAACUUACAUCACGGCGUUCACGAUCGAUGGAGAGAUUCUAAUGCCAGACAUGAAAAUAGCUGAUUUAAAAUUUGAGGGGUUCGAAUUUGUGUGACGUACCUCAUGAACUUGAGAAAAAUUGAAUUUUCACUUCUACAACUGUACAUACAUACCUUCGCCGCAGAUUAUUGUAAAUAUGUACAAAAAUAUUGGAGAGGGGGAAAAUACUGGUCUCAACGACGUCUACAGUAGGGCAAUUAUGCAAAUUAUCUACGUCAAUUCCACUGGACUUAAAUCUUUGGUUUGAACGAAUGGAUUUUUUAUCGCUUCUACGAUGUUAUAUGUGCAAUGAGCAUUGAGUAUCAUUUUUUAUAAUAAAUGAUCAAGAGAUUUGUGAAUUAGACCUAUUGGAAAUUAUCAAGAUUUAUGAAUAAAAAUUAUUUAUACUAA